GUUGAUGUGUCCGAUAUUUUAGGUUAAUUAACCAACUAAGUUAACAGAUAACAGAAACAAACAAAGUGUUGAAAACAAAGUCUAAAUUAAUUCUUAAGUUAAUAUGAUUCUUCAUCAGAUUUGGUGAUCGUGGGGUUUGAUCUUUGAUUAUUCGGUGUUAUGAUGUUGAUAAACUUAUUUUUCAUUUCCAAGGAUUAAUAUUUUUAUAGCCUAGCCUUUGAAAUCAUAUGUGUUCUUAUGUGUAUUCUUACGUUGGGCUUCGACAUAAAUGUUUAAAGAACUAUCUUUUACUCUUUAUUUUCAAAAUGCCAUUUUAUGCUGUAGCUAAUGGAAAAGUCCCUGGAAUAUACAAUUCUUGGGAGGAAUGCCAAUCUCAAACAAAAGGGUUUCCUCAGGCCAAGUAUAAAAAAUUUAGUACUGAAAAUGAAGCCAAGAAAUUUAUGGAAACAAACACAAUUAAUAGCUCAAACCUCCUCUCCAUUGCUACUGCUGUAGAGAAUAUUAAUCUUCCAGAACUAAAACCUCUUGGUAAAUAUUCAUCCCAAACAUUACUCAAACAAGACAAAUUAAGUAUGCUUGCCGAAAAACUUGACCAAUUCAUGGAACAAACAAACAAGAAACUGGAUGAACUCGCCAAGAGACUGGACAACUUUGAGGCAUGUUGUGCUAAAGGAUCUUCUGAGGGAAAAAGGAAAAAUGAUCAAAACAGUAGUUCUGAUGAAUUUAGUGAAUCUAAGAAAAAGAGACUGUUGGAAACAGACAGUGUAGAUGAGUUAGGGGAAAGGAGAAGUACAAGGAAUAAAUCCAAUAGUGCAAACGGAAGUGUUGAAGAAGUAGAUUACCCAUGGCGGGGUAACAGUAAUUCUUCACAUGAUGGCUUCAUCAUUGAUCCUGAUGGGUUUACUGUGGUGUACACAGAUGGCGCUUGUUCCAACAAUGGCAAGCGUGGAGCUAAAGCCGGAAUUGGGAUUUGGUUCAACCAUGAACAUCCGUUUAAUGUGGCUGCUCCAGUGCAGGGUAAUGCAACAAAUAACAACGCUGAGAUUCAAGCUGCUACUCGAGCCAUUCACCAGGCAGCCCUAGCUGGCAUAAAAAGACUGAACAUUCAUACAGAUUCCCAAUUUAUGAUCAGCUGUAUGACAGAUUGGAUAAAAAAGUGGAGAAAAAAUAAUUGGAUGACAAGUACUGGAGGGCCAGUGAAAAAUAAAGAGCAACUCGUCUUGUUGGAUAAGGCAAUCAACGGCAUGGAUGCUGUGAAGUGGACCCACGUGCGAGGCCACAUGGGGAACAUUGGCAAUGAGUGUGCAGACGCCUUGGCUGUCCAGGGGGCAACAAUGUAUCAGCAACUGUGAUAUAUGUUGCGGUUGAAUAAAAAUUAUAUCAUUUCAAAAAGUAAGUUGUCAAAGCGUGUUUUAUAAAUAAACUAUGUACUAAAUAAACUAUGUUGGAAAUCA